AUGGAGAAGUUUGGGAAAAUAAUGACUGAUCUCGUAGAGAAGGCAGUAGUUGCUGCUAACACAAUGGAUCGUGAUGAACUGCUUUUUUCUCACAAGGGGAUUCUCUACCCUGUUACUCUUUCCAGUCCUGAAGUAUUCAGAGCCAUGGAGUCCCUUGAAGCCAGAAGUGAUGAUAUCAUUUUGGCAGGAUAUCCUAAAUCUGGCACAAAUUGGGUAGGUCAAAUCUUAAGUGAUCUGGUAGUCAUAUUUGAGAAGAAAACGCAGAAUAAAGAAAGCAGCGUGAGUGAUGAACCACCAGAAUUCCCCUACCUCGAAAUGGGAGAUGCUGGGAAAUAUGAGCGAAUGAACAAAUUACCUUCUCGAAGAGUUAUAUUUACUCAUCUCCUUCCUGAAAAUCUUCCCAGGUCUAUCUUCAAAAAUAAAGCCAAGAUAUUGUUGCUGCUUCGCAAUCCGAAAGAUGUAGCUACGUCUUUUUACCAUUUUACCAAUGGCUUGUCUCUUCUUCCCUCCUAUGAGACCUGGGAUGAUUUCUUCAUAGCUUUCAUGACGAAGAAAAUGCCCUGGGGAUGCUACUUUGAAUACCUUUCCAAAUGGAACAAAUAUGCCGAUGAUGAAAAUGUUAUGACAAUAACUUACGAAGAGCUAAAAGAGAAUCCGGUCCUGGGUGUGAAAAACAUAGCUGCUUUCUUUGGGAUUUCCCUGACUGAGAAAGAGCUUCAGAGUGUGGCAGAGAGGAGCAGCUUCCAGUCAAUGAAGAAGAACUCGCAGAAAACCCAUGGCUCAUUUGGCAAUAUUUUAUUUCGCAAAGGUGCUGUAAGUGACUGGAAGAAUCUUUUCAGUGAAGAUCAGAAUGAGAAAAUGGACAAAGCAUUUGAAGAACAUGUAGGAGGAACUAAACUGGGAACAAAGUUAAAGUAUGAAGAGUACUGUAAAGCCUGAAGAGUGAUGAAAUGUGAUUAGACCAAGAGCUUUCCAAUGCACUCUCAGAUCAUCUGAAUGCUUUAUACUAGAAAACUAGAUCAAAUGAUCCAAGCACCUUAGAAUUACUGUAAUAAUCACAUUGCAGCGGCCUUUACAGUGACAAUAAUGAACAGUGGGCUUUUGUUUUAAAGGUGAGAUCUUUGGCUUGCUUUGGCUACACUCAUUUGCUGAAUAAGAUGGCAACUAACCA